AUGGAGGAGGGAUUCCCUGCUAGUCCAGAGAGAAAGCAAGAUGGUAAUUUGGAAAGGAAAAAUGUGGAGCGGGGAAGCUGGACAUCUGAACGGAAAUGUGAGGAGGCCAAUGCUGUCAUAAGUGUUGUCAGUAAUGAAGAUAAGAAGGAUCCUUUGCAAGAACGAAUGGAUAUCUCCUUGAAGUUAACUGCAGUAAGACGAAAAAGUGGAUGUUCUGAUCCCAAGCUCCAAAGACAGCUAAGAGGACGACUUCGUCUUCUGGAAAAUGACAGCAGGGAGGUCAUAGCAGUCUUCAGUGAACUCUCGGCUAGAUUGCUGUCUAUUCACAGUGACCAAGACCUGAUAAUAGUGACAUUUAAAACUUUUGAAGAAAUAUGGAAGUUUCUAACCUACUAUUCGCUUGGCUUUAUAAGUCACUGCAUGGAGAAUUUAUUCCUAGAUCCAUCUUUCUGGCUCUAUUCUGAAGAAGAGGAAGAAACAGGCAUUGAAGUCUGUAUAAAUGAGAAUUCUUUAAAUCUGAUGUACAGAAGUCUGCUAGUACAGGAAGGGGUAUUUUUUGUUUUAAGUCCUGACAAUCUGAUAAGAAAGAUAACGGCUACAGACAAUGAAAUUCCCAUUGUCUGUGAGAAUGGGGCUCUUGCUGAAGAUGUAUCAGGUGGAUGUGGAGAUGGUGACAUGACCAUGUUUAAUGUGUCUUCAGAGCCAUUGAUCCCUUUUCAUCAAUGGUUUCUUAAAGUGUACUCUGAGCCUAUUGAUCUUACUUACAAAACAGAACCUAAAUCCAUCAGGCAAGUUGCAACAGGAUUCUGCCUAGCUGCAGUGAAUUAUGAAAGUACUGGGCCUGAAGAGAUUAGUUUCCAAGCAGGGGACAAAAUUGAAAUCCUUGGCUACUUCAUUGAAUGUAUGGAAUGGUUUGUUGGAAAACAUGUGUUUACUGGUCAAAUAGGUUUUGUAAAGACAAGUUAUGUUAAGCUGGACAUAUCAGGAAAUAG